AUGCCCUUGUUGCCCACCAUCGACGUCGCUGGUGACGCUCCCGACAAGAAUGCCAUCCUCAUAGAAUCCAAACCACACAACAAAGGCGGCAAGGCCACUCAGGCUGUUCAUGAGCAAAUACCAACCAUUAUCGAACCUACCAGUGUUCAACUCAGCUCCUCCGACAAUUAUAAACACCUGGAAAAGAUCCCCGAUGUCGUCGAUUGUGACAGGGUCGACUAUGUUAACCCUCUCGCCAACAGUUCGCGAUGGUACAUUGCCAUGAGAGCACGCGCCCUACGCUCUGCCGCUGGCUUUGCCUUUAGUCUCGCCAAUCGUACUGUACCCGCUCCUCCACUUCCCUCUCAAUCCAUCUCGCUCGAUUCUACCCUGUCCGAGUUUCCUGGCAAGGACAAGAUCAAGGUGGACGUUUGGACCCCGCCAAACUUGGCCCUUGGGCCCCGUGCCGCCGUCAUUAAUUUUCACGGAGGCGGCUGGAUUCUUGGCACCGGAACUGAUGAUAGCCGCUGGGCCGCCGCUGUCAUGACCAAUAUCAACGCUGUCGUCUUUUCCGUCAACUACAGGCUCGCCCCAGGCCACCCCUUUCCCACACCCAUCGAGGACUGCGUCGAUUCCAUUCUGCAAAUCGCUGCUCGUGCCGAUGAAUUCGGCUUCGACCCCAAACGUAUCAUUCUGUCGGGCUUUUCUGCCGGCGCCUCAAACGCAUUGAGCAGCUGGCUUGUCCUGCAUGAGCCUCAACGAUGGGACUACAAUCUGCCUCAGCCUGUCCCCCACAUUGCCGGUCUCGCCAUCUUUUACCCUGUCCUCGACUGGACAUUUACGCGACCCGAGAAGCGUAGCACUUGCCACCGCCCUGACUUGACACUUCCACCUGGCAUGACGGACCUGAUUGAUGUUUCUUAUGUCUAUCCUCAUAUCCCUCGCAAGGAAUGUGUUGACUGGCGUCUGUCGCCUGGUCUGAUGGACGAUGCUACCCUGGCUAAGCUACCGCCCAUGCAUUUAUGUCUGUGCGAGUACGACAUGCUACUUCAGGAGGGCCUACGUUUUGCUAAGCGUGUUCGUUCUUGUCCAGACAAGACGCUGACCCUUCGCGUCGUCAGCCAGGAAAAGCAUGCCUGGGACAAACCUCUACCCAUGGCUGCGGUAAAGGACAGCGUCAACAUCGAGUACACCGAGGCAACCUUGGCUAUUGCUAAUUGGAUUGGUCAGUUCCACGACACGGAUAAUGAGUCGGUGCUCUCGCUGCCCACCAAGCGACUUCGCCUGCGUCCCUCGACGCACUUUAAACGUUCCCGCUCCGCUGACUAG